AUGGCCAACCUCUCCGCCUCAGCUGCUGCCGCCGGCCACCGCGUCUCCCCUUCGCGUCGGCCCUCGCUCGCGCUGAAGAAGAUCGCUCCAUCGCUGCGCGUAGCCGCCGUGCCCGCGGGUCUCCUUCGGUUGAGAGCAGCGGUCGCCAGAGCCGCCACGAGCUCCUACGGGGCAGCACCAGCCGGCACCAUUGUCAAUCCAAUUGAUGUCCCUCUCUUGUCUUUCUCUGAGGUUGCCAAAAGGCUUGAUGCAUUCCAAGCUUCCGGUGCGAGAAAUCAAACGUAUAUGGCCAUGUACUCUAGUAUUUUUGGUGGAAUUACCACAGAUCCCUCUGCAAUGGUGAUACCAAUUGAUGAUCACAUGGUUCAUAGAGGACAUGGUGUUUUUGAUACUGCUGCUAUUAUGGAUGGUCACCUCUAUGAGUUAGAACAGCACCUUGACCGCUUCCUCAAGUCUGCACAUAUGGCCAAAAUCCCAUUGCCUUUUGAUCGAUCAACAAUUCUAAGUGUACUUAUUCAAACUGUGUGUGCAUCAAACUGUACUCAAGGUUCGCUUAGGUACUGGUUGUCUGUCGGGCCCGGAGAUUUCCAAUUGUCUUCAUCUGGCUGUACAAAAUCAGCCCUCUAUGCUAUUGUCAUUGAUAGUCCAACCUUGCCAGUACCAUCAGGCUGCAAAGUGAUCACAUCAUCCAUACCGGUAAAGUCUCCACAGUUUGCAGUCAUGAAAAGUGUAAAUUACCUGCCAAAUGCGCUCACCAAGGUGGAAGGUGAGGAAAAUGGUGGAUUUACUGGCAUCUGGUUGGAUGAUGAGGGUUUCGUUGCUGAGGGUUCGAACAUGAAUGUUGGCUUUGUGACACGGAACAAGGAACUUCUCAUGCCCCGCUUCGACAAGAUCCUGAGCGGGUGCACGGCAAAACGGGUUCUAGCCCUCGCUGAGCAGCUAGUGGAGAAUGGAGGGCUCAGUGGGAUAUCUUCAAGGAAUGUGAGUGUCCAGGAAGGAACGGCCGAUGAAAUGAUGCUCAUUGGGAGUGGAAUUCUUGUCAAGCCUGUUGUUCAGUGGGAUGAUCAGAUGAUUGGCUCAGGCAAAGAAGGCCCAAUUGCUCAGACACUUUUCAACCUCAUUCUUGAGGACAUGAGAUCUGGUCCGCCUUCAGUUCGAAUCCGCGUCCCUUACUGAAACCUCCUGAACUUUUCAGAUCCAUAUACGGUACAUGGAAUCAAAGACAUAAAUGAUUGGAGAUGUAUAAAUCUCUACUGUCACAUAAAAGCUACAUUGAUAUACUGGCGGUGGUAUUCCUUUUGGUCUUUGCAGAAAUCAGAAGCAACUUUGGAGCCAUUCUUGUGUGUCAACCUUAUGUAUUCUUCGCUACAUUAAACCUGGACGUUGACCUGUUAGUUUGACGCACAGAUACCGCUCGUGGAAGUGUAGGAGACGAGGCUUUUGGUAAACAUCAUCUUUUUUAGAGGUCUGCUAAUAUAUGAAUAAAGCUACAUUUUGCACUUAUUUUUAACAAGAUCCAUGUCUUGAUUUUGA